UAAAUAUUUUGUUUGGCACAUUUUGGGCGAAAUGUUUCGUAAUUUUGUAAAUUUUACAAACAAAUAUAAAGUGAUCAGAGGAAUGAUAUCAUAUGGCAUGCUAUGGCCAUGCGGCUCCCUCAUCGAGCAGACGGCGAUCGAGAAACGCACAUUCCGAACAUACGACUGGAUGAAGUGUGUCAGAUUCAGUUUAUUUGGCUUCUUCUUUAUGGGUCCAACGAUUUACGUUUGGAUCAGGCUAGCCGGUUGUAUGUGGCCACGGACAGAUAUUAAGUCAUCGCUGUGCAAAGCCAUUACCGAGCAGACGGCAUACGAUCCGAUGGCCAUCAGUUCGUUUCUUUUCUUUAUGACACUGAUGGAGGGCAACACAUUUGACGAUGCCAAGCGGGAGGUUAGCGAUAAAUUCUUGGACGCCUAUAAGGUGGGCGUUAUUUAUUGGCCCUGUGUGCAAACGGUGAACUUCGCCUUUGUCCCGGCAAGGAAUCAAGUGGUAUUCACCUCAUUCUUCAGCAUGUGCUGGACAACAUUUUUGGCAUAUGUGAAAUUCUUGCAAUUGCAUCCACCUGUCGAUGUGGAUCAUCAUGCUGUCGACAUACACUUCUUGGAAAUGUGAAUCAAACGUAUCGCUAAUACCCUCUCUACAAUAACAAUAAUAAUAAAUGAAUUCUUAACAAUUACAAAA